AUAGCACCUGUUUUAAUGUUACUGCUCACAGUCUCUUUUUGUGUUUCAGAUUUUUUGUUUAAAUUCUUGGUUAUUGGAAAUGCCGGAACUGGCAAGUCUUGCUUGCUUCAUCAGUUUAUUGAAAAAAAAUUCAAAGAUGACUCAAAUCAUACAAUAGGAGUGGAAUUUGGUUCCAAGAUAAUAAAUGUUGGUGGUAAAUAUGUAAAGUUACAGAUAUGGGACACAGCAGGCCAAGAACGAUUCAGGUCUGUGACGAGAAGCUACUACAGAGGUGCAGCGGGAGCUCUGCUUGUCUACGACAUCACCAGCCGAGAAACCUACAAUGCGCUUACUAAUUGGUUAACAGAUGCCCGAAUGCUCGCGAGCCAGAACAUUGUCAUCAUCCUCUGCGGGAACAAGAAGGACUUGGACACUGAUCGGGAAGUCACUUUCCUGGAGGCCUCCCGAUUUGCUCAGGAAAAUGAGCUGAUGUUUCUGGAGACAAGUGCACUAACAGGGGAGAACGUGGAAGAGGCCUUUGUACAGUGUGCAAGGAAAAUACUCAACAAAAUUGAGUCAGGUGAGCUGGACCCAGAAAGAAUGGGCUCGGGUAUCCAGUACGGAGAUGCGGCCUUGAGACAGCUGCGGUCCCCACGCCGUGCACAGGCCCCGAGCGCACAGGAGUGUGGCUGCUGAAGCAGCUCGGCGCACAGGUAUUCGUACAGUGGUAUUUGGGACACAAUUAUUGAAGCUUGAAGAAGGUUUUUUUUAACCACCAUUUUUUUCUACUUUAUAUGGAAGUAGAUCUUUGUGCAAAAAAUAAUAAUAAUAAUUUGGGAUGUUAUGCAAACUAGUAGAUGUGGCACAGCAAACUGUAUAAUAAAUCCAGUUCGAUGGACGAGACCAUUAAAUGUAUACAUGUAUGUAAAAGUGUUCUGUUCCAUAUUCGCCCUUUCACUCUGGUUUGGAUCCUGGCUGUGUACUGUAUAUAUGCUCGUCCAGUGCAUCUCCACAGCAUGGUAUCUGAUGUGUGGUAUGAUAGAGCACUGCACUAAAUGCAGUCUAAUACUUUAUUUUUUUUUUAAUCAUCUGAACUAAAAUCUGUUCAUUGUGAGGUGUGCUUUGAUCAUUAUGUUGGUUAUAUUGCACAGUUGGUUAUGUUUGUGACCUGAUAUUCAGAGAUUCUGGCAUUGAUGGCCGAUGUAAUACUUGGUUAAUUCCAUUUACCACACAGUCCACAAGGUGUUACAUGAGCCACACUGGAAAUACUAGAUCAGAAUUUACUCACAUACUGAAAUAAAACGGUAAAUGAAAUUUUCUCAUGAACUUUACACUGUCUAGCACUCUGAUUUUAAAGCAUCUUCAUCAGAUCAGUUCAGGAAGUAGAGCUGAGCACCUGAUGUGUUUCAGGCACUAAGGAUGCUGGUACCUUUCACCAAACUUCCUAGGCAACAGAUGCUACUCUCAGCUUUGGUCAGUGCAAUAGCUGAACCAGGGCUGUUUACCAGGUCUCAGUAUGCUGAUCCAUCUGGUCUUCCUGUUAGAAAACACAUUUUUGCUACUGUGCUUUUUCUGGGAUUCAGUAUUAUAGCAUCAUUGCCUCCUUUUUAGUCUUUUAUUGUUUUGCAUUCAUUUUAAGGACACCCACUGAAGUUAAUAUUAAAGGGACACCUCUAAGAAAUUUCUGUACACUUCUGCUGAAUACUUAAAUGCCUUACAACAGUUAUCAAGUUGACAUGUUUUUAAUUCACAUGAGUUAAUGUAUAUUGUAUUACAAAGACUUGUUCUAAUAUUUUAAAAUGUUUAUGCAAAAAUAUGUAAUAGAACUUUUCUUUAAAGCUAAAAUACAGUACUAUUUAAAACUGAAAGGUUUAAAUAGCGUUCUUCACCUUACAUGUGUUCUUCCACUGUGACUUUUAGCUCAGACUGGUAAAUUUGAUCACCUUUAAGGUAGAAGCUGCCUACUGCUUCUGUUGUUUUGUUUUAACCAAUAGAGCACAGCAGCACUACAAACUCUGGAAGAGACUUGGAUAAAAAUAUCAAGUGGUAGCUGUUUUAGAUAUUUUAAUUUUGCUUCUUUAUAUCUUGAAUAUUUGAUUUUGAAAAGUCAGAAUAUGAAGCAAAUUCUCAGACUGAUCUGCUUCUUGGACCUCACUGAAAGAAUGUUUCAUUUAGUGUCUUGUUAACAGUGGGUUUGCAAGCUGCUCAUUUUGGAACAGCUUUUUGCAUGGGGUAGGAGCAUGUCUGUUUGACCACAUCAGUUUAUGCAAAAGCAAAAUUUUUAAAAAAUAAGAUAAAUGUUGGUUUAUAAGUGAGCCUGUUAAUUUAAACCCCAGGUAUUGCAUAUAAUUCCACAUACCUUGACCAAUAAAAUUUGCUGGAGAACCAAACCAUGGUGGUUCUUAAUAAAAGCCUUUAGGA